AUGUUAUUGUAUGCUCUACUUGUCCAAACACCAUUCACACAGUGCCCAUCCCUUGCUUCCUCACAGGCGAACAACGACGCCUACCGGGCCGCCGUCACGGUGGCCUCGCUCUACCGGGCGAACGACGACGACGCCGUCGACGGCUCCCUCGCGUCGGUGCCGCUGACGCCGGGCACGUCGUACGGCGUGGACAACUACGUGACCCGCAUGGGCCUCGGCACCCCGGCAAAGCCCUACAUCAUGGUGGUGGACACGGGCUCCUCCCUCACCUGGCUCCAGUGCUCCCCCUGCCGGGUGUCGUGCCACCGGCAGUCCGGCCCGGUGUUCGACCCCAAGAUGUCAAGCUCCUACGCCGCCGUUUCCUGCUCCACGCCACAGUGCAACGACCUCUCCACCGCCACGCUCAACCCGGCCGCCUGCUCCUCCUCCGACGUCUGCAUCUACCAGGCCAGUUACGGUGACAGCUCCUUCUCCGUCGGCUACCUCAACAAGGACACCGUCUCCUUCGGCUCCAACAGCGUGCCCAACUUCUACUACGGGUGCGGGCAGGACAACGAGGGCCUCUUCGGCCGCUCCGCCGGCCUCAUGGGCCUGGCACGCAGCAAGCUCUCGCUGCUCUACCAGCUCGCGCCCACCCUCGGCUACUCCAUCCUCGAAACGUGCUUCGUGGGCCAGGCGUCCAGCCUGCGCGUCCCGGCGGUCAGCAUGGCCUUCUCCGGCGGCGCGGCGCUCAAGCUGUCGGCGCAGAACCUACUCGUCGACGUGGACAGCUCCACGACGUGCCUCGUGUUCGCGCCCGCGAGGAGCGCCGCCAUCAUCGGGAACACGCAGCAGCAGACGUUCAGCGUCGUCUACGACGUCAAGAGCAACAGGAUCGGCUUCGCCGCCGGCGGCUGCAAAUGA